UCCAUUUGCUGCGAACACAAACAUCGAAAACCAUGGGGCCUUCACGAGCUCUCCCUUGCCUCGUCCUCCUCUUCCUCCUCUCCAUGUCCAGCGCUUCCGUUUUAGAAGACACGUGCAAGUCCUUCGGCGCCGGCAACCCGGACAUCGGCUACGACUACUGCAUCAAGUUCUUCCAGGCCAGCAAGGACAGCGCCACCGCCGACAAGCGUGGCCUGGCCGUCAUCGCGUCGAAGCUCGCCGGAGCGGCAGCCAAGAGCAUCGGCAAGCGCAUCCAGGCCCUCAAGGCCUCGGAGAAGGACAAGCACAUCCUGUCGGGCCUCAACGACUGCGGCGAUCUGUACUCGCAAGACGUGGACUUGCUCGACGUGGCGGCGAAAGGCCUCGCGGCGGGCACACCGCGAGGCAAGCAGGACGCGGCGGCGAACCUCAGCGGCGCGCUGGUCGGCCCCCAAACCUGCGAGGACGGCUUCAGCGAAUUGGGCGUCAAGUCGCCGCUCGCAGCCGAGGACUCCGAGUUCACUAAGGAUGUCUCCAUCGCGCUCGUCAUAACGAACUCCCUAUAACUGGCUUCAUUAUAAGUGCAUCGUUUCAAAUCACCCCUUCAUAUGAGUGCACUUUUUGUUGGAAUUACCGUGUGUGGUCGAUUUGAAACAGAAAUAAUUUAAUUAAUGACGCCCAAUCUGCUAUGAGCAUGGCGAUCAUGGCC